AUGAUCCGCGGCGCCUGGAUGUCCCCCCGCGGGGGCGCCGCCGGCGGGGCCGUGUGCUGCGCGCCGCGCCGCAGCGACAAGCCGGUGGCCGACCCCGAGCGGGCGCAGAAAUGGCGCCUGUCGCUCGCCUCGCUCCUCUUCUUCACCGUGCUCCUCUCCGACCAUCUGUGGCUCUGCGCCGGGGCCAAGCUGCGGGCGCGGGAGCGGCCGCGGGGCCGCGGGCCGCGGGCGCUGCUGGCGGCCGAGCCGGCGGGCGGCGGCGGCGGCGGCGGCGGCAGCUGCGAGGCCCUGCUGGGCAACCUGAGCCGCGGCCCCGGCGGGCCCUGCCCCGCCGCCCGCGGGGACCUGGACUCGGCGUGCGCCCGGCUGCUCGCCCCGCAGCGCCCGCGGGCCCCCGGAGCGCCCCUGCGCUCGCCCCCCGCCGCCGCCGCCGCCGCCGCCGCGCCCUUCUUCGCCUCGCCCUCCUCCAAAAGGACCUUCCUGCAGGCUUACUUCAGGAACUUCAACCUCUCCUUUUGUGAUACUUACACGAUCUGGGACCUGCUGCGGGAGAUGGCCGGCCCCGACGGCCUGGACUGCAGCCUGGACAACCUGAUGGUAGACCUGGUGGUGGCGGCGGCCGGGGCGCUGGGAGGGGAGGCCUGUAGCAGCUGCGUCCAGGCGUACCAGCGGCUGGACCAACACGCUCAGGAAAAAUACGAGGAGUUCGACCUCUUGCUGGAGAAGUACUUGCAAUCGGAAGAGUACUCGGUCAGAUCCUGCCUGACGGACUGCAAGGCUGUCUACAAGGCAUGGCUGUGCUCGGAGUACUUCAACGUGACCCAGCAGCAGUGCCGGCAGCGGAUCCCAUGCAAGCAAUACUGCCUGGAGGUGCAGACCAGGUGCCCCUUCGUGUUACCGGACAAUGACGAGCUGAUCUAUGGAGGUUUGCCUGGCUUCAUCUGUACGGGGCUGCUGGAGAACCAGCUGCCCGACGAGGAGGCCAAGUGCUGCGAGGUGCAAUGGGACUCCUGCGAGCACCCCCCAGACAGCAACGAGGACACAUCCCCCAAAAACACGGCGUCAGAGUCGCUCCAUUUCCACCGCCACGACCCCCACCUCCAUCACCAGAGGCAGAACCACUACCACCUCUACCACCACCACCACCACCAGUACCACCAGUACCACCAGCCCCGCUCCCCGUCCUUGCUGCCUGUCUCCGCGGGGUCUCGCCUCGGCAGCAGCAGGAUCAGACUGUGCGUGCUGGUCCUGAUGCUCCUCCACACCAUGGUGUCCUUCUCGAGCGUGCACGGCGGCGGCACCGGGGGGCUCGGCCUGGAGGCCCCACCCGCCCUGGAGGAGAGCGUGGCACGGGACGAGUGA